CUUUGCGAAGUGAAGACGGGCCUACGCGGGCUCCGAGUGCGUUGCUUUACUGACGAUAGAAAUUUUGCUUCCCUACUAAAAAUAGCCGCCUGUUCUAGCGCAUUCAUAACUGCACACCGAAUCUAACCUUUCGAAGCAAUAAAUAUAAUCCGAUCGGUUUCCUAGCAGCAAUCGCAAAGUGCAACAUCUCCCCCGUGAAGCAGCAGCGCAGGCGGUGAAAAAAGUGCAUCAUACGGCGCCGACAAACCGACCACGGUGGUGCAGUGUUUAGAGGGAAGGAAAGAAGAGAAAACAGUGAAAAGUGUUAGUCUCCUAGUAAAUCGUGUAAGCAACCCUGGUAACCCGCAGAAUGCCACAGUCAAAGAGCAAUGGAUUCGCUGCCUCGAACGGCCACAGUGGCUACGAGAUGGAGGACGGAUGUUCCUUCCUGUUCACGUCCGAAUCGGUCGGCGAAGGACAUCCCGAUAAAAUGUGCGACCAGAUUAGUGAUGCAAUCCUAGAUGCACACUUGCAGCAGGACCCCAACGCAAAGGUGGCCUGUGAAACUAUUUCAAAGACUGGCAUGAUCUUGCUGUGCGGAGAAAUUACAUCAAAAGCUGUAAUUGACUAUCAACGCGUGGUGCGUGAAACGGUGCAACACAUCGGCUAUGACGAUUCCUCAAAAGGAUUCGAUUAUCGUACGCUAAAUUUGCUGGUUGCAAUCGAACAGCAAUCGGAAAACAUUGCCCAGGGAGUACACGUUGAUCGCGAUGAAGACAGUGUUGGUGCUGGCGAUCAGGGGCUUAUGUUUGGUUACGCUACCGAUGAAACGGAAGAAUGCAUGCCAUUGACGGUGGUGCUGGCUCACCGAUUGAACGAGAAGAUCGCCGCGCUUCGCCGUAGUGGAGAGUUCUGGUGGGCCCGCCCAGAUUCCAAGACUCAAGUCACGGCAGAGUAUAUCUUUGAAUCGGGAGCGUGCGUUCCGCAACGCGUCCACACGGUAGUGGUCUCGCUGCAGCACUCGGACAAGAUUACCCUCGAGGAGCUGCGCAAGGAAAUCAUGGAGAAGGUCAUUAAGGACGUGAUUCCAUCCAAGUACCUUGAUGCAAACACGAUUGUGCACAUCAACCCGUGCGGGCUGUUCAUCAUCGGUGGUCCUCAGGGUGAUGCUGGAUUGACUGGACGCAAGAUCAUCGUCGACACAUACGGAGGUUGGGGUGCCCACGGCGGUGGUGCAUUCUCGGGCAAGGACUUCACCAAAGUAGACCGUUCGGCUGCCUACGCGGCGCGCUGGGUAGCGAAGUCCCUGGUGAAGGCUGGUAUCUGUCGCCGUUGCAUGGUGCAGGUAGCUUAUGCUAUCGGGUUGGCCGAACCAUUGUCGAUUACAGUAUUUGACUACGGCACCUCGAAGUACAGCCAGCAGGAACUGCUGAAGAUCGUCUCCAACAAUUUCGAUCUGCGUCCGGGCAAGAUCGUCAAGGACCUGAAGCUCCGCACGCCGUUCUACCAGCGUACCAGCACGUACGGACACUUUGGACGCGCAGGAUUCCCGUGGGAGGAACCGAAGGAGCUGGUCCUGGAAUGAUUGAGCUCGAACGCGGUUCCUGUGACCGCCGCAGAUGCCGCUCACUGUUCUCCUGCUGGUAUUGCCGUAUCGACGAAAAAAACUACGGCUACUGUUGACGAGUCGGAGUCGGUGAGCGUUGCCAAGAAGCCGAAACUAGAUGUGUAAAGGCUACACCACGCCUGCGGUUGGUUUCGCUAUUGUAACAUUUAUUCUGUGGUAAUUUAAGCGCCAGCUACGAUAGGGUUUUGUAAGGGUUUUAUUCUUUCAUUCUCUCAAACAAACACUACACGAUUCAGGAUAGAGGGGGCGCUUAAACAAAUGGCGGCGCUCAGCAGUGAACGUAGAGCACAAUUGAGAUCUACGAAAUGCAACGCAAUUUCUACACAAGCCCCUUGCACUAGUGGCCCGUCUUGCACUGUCGCUUGUGUUUCUUAGUGUUUUUUUUGCUAGAAAUUUACUACGUUGCCAGCGUUGAUCAUCGUACAAUUACUUUUGCAACUGACACAUCGUCUCCAGCAUUACGCGAUGCACUGAGUCAGACCAGCAAGUAAAUGCAGAUAGAAAUUUACGAGUAUAUUGUAAGAAGAGGAAGGAAAAGAGAUGUACGAGGACCAGUUCGCUGAACUCGAGCAGAGCUAGACCAUCCAGUUGGCCACAGUAGGACACCGUUUCAGAUCAAAGUGCGCAGCCGGAAUACCAUCUCCGGGAAUUUUGCCUGCUGCAAAACUUGUUGUGCGGUGCGAAAAAAAUUGCGCUCCCCUCCCGAUGCCACUAAACGGAGGAGAGACACAUGCUUGUGCUCCAAGGUUAAUAAUAUUUCACCGACGAUUGCAUCGAAUAUGAGAUGGUGAAAAAAAAAGUUCGACGUUGAUGGAGUAGUUAAUACGGGAAUCGUGAAAUGGUGCUAUCCGUGGAGCGGCAUUUAGGCACAUUAGGAAACUGCAUUGAAUUAGGACCGCUAUGGCGCGAGUGAAUAGGUUGACCAAUAGUUCAAUCGAGAGGUGUUACUUUCUUUCGGUUGCCAUUCUAUACUAUAGCGUUCAAUUUCUCUAGUCCAACGUAGAAAGGUUUAAUUGGCAGUGGAAGAUAGAUAAAAUGGAAUCCAAAAGGUGCUUGUUUGAGGAAUCGACGAUUCCUGGAACAAUGAAAAUGGACUGGACGCAGAAGACAGCAGUCACAAGUGACCUAUGUUGAUUAUCUAUUGUGCAUGUAAUUCCAAUUUAUAGCAAAUGCUACACCUACCGUACUGCCACGAACUGUUACGUAUCGACAGGAAUGUACUAUCUUCACAUUAUACACAUGAACUAGGAAAGGUGAGGUCACUUGAAACUACGCAUCAUCCGUGGUGCUUCAGUCCACAAAUGACAGGUGGAUUCAGGAUCUACAAUCCGUACCGCUACCAUUGUAAAAGUUACGGAACUUUGCCCCGUUCAUUGGUCGGGCGAGAAAGAUGUUCUUUAAUAAUUUAGGAAAAGGAAAACAGAUUAGCGGACAACUAACCUAGACACCCCCGUUGGUGAUUCAAUUAGCUGAAGCGUUCCAAAUUCAAAGCAGUUUCAUUUUUUUCGCACUUCAGCACACGUUUUGUGUUGUGUUUACGAAAAGGAUUUUAAUUGUGGAAAAGAGCUUUUUCGAAAAUACUCCGGUCCGCUGGGUGGUCGAAGGGUGCUCAUCGGUACGCCAGAAAAAAGCAGAAAAACGUGACAAAAAAGGACAAAAAAAUUAUGAAACGAUAUAAUUACGCUAGUAAACGUAAGCAUACUAUAUAGCUGCACACUCGAGGAAAACAUGGCAUCAAUUGCUUAAACUGUUUUGUGUUCCGUUCACGGUGCCGCAAAGCUUCUCUCGUCGAACGAGACAGUAAGAUUUCAUGCCCCAUAUUGCCAUAUCUUCAUCGAAUGAAAAGAUGAAUACGUGACACGUAAAAUGUUACGUAGAGCCAAUUUCCCAUUGAAAAUAGAGUACUCGAAAUUCGGAGCUAAGCUGUUGCAACUACAAACAACUGACCAUUCGGCUGUAUAGCCUGAACGGAGACUACAAUCACACACUGCACGUACAAGUACAUUAGUUUAGAGAGACUUUAAGGGCAAGGAAAGUGUAAGUGUAAAACUAGAAAAUGUACCGAGACACGCUCUGCCGAGCAAUGCGACGUCCUACAUAAAAAGGUAGUUUAUAAGUAAGAGAUGAAUCAUGAUAGCGCGGUAUAAAAGUUUUGGAAUAGACUUUCUUAGUUUCGCUGUCCCGAUUGGUACUAAUGAAGAAAAUAAUUAAAAUAUUCUUAUUCUGUCAACCCUAGCCGAAA